AGUAUUGUCCUGCAGGCGCCUCAGUAGCGAACAAAACGUAAAUAGGAUUAUUUAGAAAUAGUAGAAAGGAUUAUGUUGUAGAUCCGUGGAACUGAGUUUGAAACAAGGUGGCUUGAAGCUUUGACUUAGGACAAUAUACUGAACAUGCAUUUCAAGAAAACGGUGUGUGAGAGUUGUUUGAGAAGAGAGAUUUCAGCAGUAAGGACGCUAGGCAUCAGCCCGUCCUUCUCACGACGAUUUCUGCCUGAGCAUUACAUGGUCUCCUACAAACUGCCAUAUCAAUCGGAUCCUGAUCGUGGGUUAUCCUGUCAGAACUAGGAUCGAUGGGAAUUUUCAAAGAGUUUCUUUUUAAGACCACGGUAAUUACAUUUGUAUACAAGUUUGGUCCCUCACCAAAAUCCGCAGCCCCCGCAUAAAGGGGGUCCCAGCUCUCCUGCUCUCCUCGAGUGUAUCACCUGAAACUGAGAUUUAGUUAGGAAGCAAUAUUUUGUGUCGCUUUUCUUGGAGAUGCUGCUCUUACACUCAUAACAGAAUUGGCGUUUUAAAGGCCAGUGAAUUGUUUUGCUUUGCAUAUGAAAGAGAUAACGCUGAUUCUCUGUUAGUGUUUCCCAUAAUGGAGGAAGCUGCUUCACUCAGUUAAAAACAAUAGCCUUACAAGUAAACCGUUAGAUUAGCGGGGUUCUUUGAGAGCUUGUGAGGGCGACAUCGAGAGAUAUUUGAUUUCAUUUUAAAAUGAAUUAAACUGUGGAGCGGGAAGAGGAAAGUGAGGGGGAGAUGUCUCUAAGCCGUCCCGCGGACCGAAGUCUGAAGUUUAUUAACUCACCAUCUCUCUCUGCGGCAUGAUUUUGAGGAUAAAGAAAAAACAGCUUCUCGCCAGGUCCCCCCCAGCCGUCCCCGCCGGCACCCCGACAGCCGGGCUUUCCUGCAGCCCCCGCCUCAGGCCGGCCCCACGCCGCCCCGCGCCACGGGGCGCCGGGCGACGAAACAGCGGCGGUGCGCCGGAAUCUCGGCGAGAAGACGCUUUUUCUCCUUCCCACGGGAAACGGGACCCCGAUCCUGGGAGCAGCCCAGGCAGACGCAGAGCUCCCAGCACCCUCCGGACGGCUUGUAGGAAGAUGCUCCAGAACUUGGGGACAGACUCAUUUGGUGUUGGUGUUUGCUUGGGGUUUUUUGUUUGUUUAUUAUUUUUUCCCCGUUUUCUUUCCCGGCGGUAUGUGUGUGCGUUUGUCUUUAUUUCCCCCCUUUUCCACGUAAGACGGCCCCGCUCGCUCCACGGCCCCCCAGAGUCCCUCCUGGCGGGGCGAGGGCGGGGGGCGGGGGAGGAUGGAGAGGCGCCCCGCGGUGGGGGGGAGACACGGCGCCGCCCGGGGCCGCCGCUCGCCCCACCGCGCUCUGACGCUGGGAGCCAUGUGAUGGCCCCCUCGUUAUAAGGCGGGGAGGAAGGCCGCCCUCUCUGGGACUCGGCCCCAGCCUUUUCACCGUCUUUCCUAAGGCCGAGCAAGCCGCCCCCUCUGCCCUCCCUCCUCGCCAGCCUCCUCCCCUCUUCUCCUCCCAGUACUAGGCGCGCUCCCUCCUGCCCCGCAUCCAUUAAUGUCUGGGGGCUGAGGUGAGAAGAAGGGGGAACAGACUUCCAGGCGCGGCGGCACAGCCCCCCCGCCUCCCAGUCCCCGACCUCAACCAAAAAAACCACAAAAGACCCCCCAAAAAAGGGGAGGGGACAAAAAAGAGAGAGAGAAAAAUCAAAAAAGCAGCAAAAAAUACCCCGAAACAAACCCCAAACCAGCCGCGGGAGCGCUUCCGCGGCGCGGCGGCGGCGCUGGGGGCCGGCGCGGCUCGGAGCGGCCCGCCUGCCCGCGGCGGCGGCGGCGGGGCGGCUCUCCGCGGAGCGGCACGGGGGCCUGGCGGCGGCGGGGAGCGCUCCCGCCCGCCCGCCGCGCCGCGCCGGCAGCCACCAAUGCGUUGCCCCGCCGCCGCGCCAUGACCCUGAGCUCGGAGAUGUCCGAGGCGUCGGCACUGGCUGAGGAGACCGACAUCGAUGUGGUGGGCGAGGAGGACGACGAGGAGGACGAGGAGGAGCCGCAGCCCCCCCGCCGCCGCCGCUCCUACGCCGAGGACGAGGAGGAAGAGGACGAGGAGGAUGUGGGCGACCUCCACGACGAUGCCCUGCUGCCGCGGUCGCCCGUGCGCGGCGGAGGCGAUGGUGGCAGCGGGGCGAGCGGCGGCGACGGUGCCGGCGGUUCUCGGCCCCCGUCGCGGGGCGGCCCGCAGAAGGCGGUGGCGGCGGGCAGCGGCGGGGCGGGCGGCGGCGGCGGCGGGGCGGGCGGCGGCGGCAAGAACAGCCUGGUGAAGCCGCCCUACUCUUACAUCGCCCUCAUCACCAUGGCCAUCCUGCAGAGCCCCAAGAAGCGGCUGACGCUGAGCGAGAUCUGCGAGUUUAUCAGCGGGCGCUUCCCCUACUACCGGGAGAAGUUCCCUGCCUGGCAGAACAGCAUCCGCCACAACCUCUCCCUCAACGACUGCUUCGUCAAGAUCCCCCGGGAGCCCGGCAACCCGGGCAAGGGCAACUACUGGACGCUGGACCCCGAGUCCGCCGACAUGUUCGACAACGGGAGCUUCCUGCGCCGCCGAAAGCGCUUCAAGCGGCAGCAGCUCCCGGCGCCCGAGCUGCUGCUGCGUGCCGUGGACCCCGCCGCCUUCCUCCCGCAGCCCGCGCCCCAGCCCCCGCAGCAGCCGCCCUGCGCCUACGGACCCUACGGCUGCGGCUACGGCCUCCAGCUCCAGCCCUACCACCCCCACUCCGCCCUCUUCGCCUUCCACCACCCCUCCCCGCCGUCCCGCCAGCCCCCCGCCGCCCCCGGCAGCGCCCCCGGCGCGGCGCUGCCCCCCGCCGCCGCCUCCGCGCCGCCGGGCCCCUUGCUGCCGGCGGCGGAGCUGGCACGGACGCCCUUCGGCUACGCGCACCCGCUGGGCCCGGCGCUGGCGGCCUCCCUGCACGCUGCCAAGCCCGGCAGCGGCGCGGCGCUGGCUCGCUCGCCCUUCUCCAUCGAGAGCAUCAUCGGGGGGGGUGCCGGCCCCGGCUCCGGUCCCGGCCCCGGUGCGGGCAGCAGCUGCGCCUCGCAGUCGGCCGCGGCGCCAGGGCUGGCCCGCUCGCUGGGGAGCUCCGGGGGCAGCCUGCGCCCCGCCGCCGCCCUGCCCGCCGCCUCCGGCUUCGCGGCACGGAUCUCUAAUUGUUAAGGGUUUGGGAGUCUUUCCGAAGCUUGUUACCAGCGGCUUCCUCACCGCGCAGUGAAGCUUCUCCUGCUUCCCUUUCGGCGCCGCUGCGGUCUCACACACUGGCGGGACCCGGGAACCCGCAACUGGGUACCUUCCGAGCAGGUAGGUGCCCACUCGCUACUCAUCCGCAGCCGCGGUGACCUGCCGCAGGUGGCUGCGGGGCUCCUCCACCCUUCUCCAUAAGUCCUUUCCGCUCCACAACCCUCCCGGUGAGAGCCACGUCGAGCAGCCGCUGUGGACCCUCCGCUCGCUGCCCCUUCCUGCGCUAUAAUGCAUGAUUGAGAUGCGGAGAAAAGAUGGUGCGUGUGUACACGUAUGUACGUGUGCAGGAAAAUGGCACUGCCGGCGCACGAUGUGCUUUCCGAUCCACGCUGCAGCAGCAAACAUUCCCGUUGCCUUUCUGCGCAAGAUGGGUGCCCAUCGAUUUUGGGGGAAGGCGGAGACUUGCAGGCGAGCCUCAGGUCGGUAGACUCCUUGUUCUUGUUUUUCUCUUGCAGAAGAGCGCCGUGUCCAGCCGCCGGUUCUCGCCCAGAGGGGUGCCGUGAGCUGCCGACCCCACGGGCCUGCCGCCCCCUCUCUGUCGCCCGGCCCGGCUCACCGCGCAGCUCCCGAGAGGAGAAGGGUGCACGUCUGCGGGGGUCAGAGAGCCCCCGGCAAAAUUCGCAACCCGCCCGGCGGCAGCAACGCGGCAGCUCCGCGGACUACACGCUGCAGGGGAGAGCGUCCGCCACCGCGGUGGGACACCGCGACGACCCUGCGCGUGGGAGCUGGGAAGCAGGCGGCGGCGGCUCGGCGGGCAUCAGCGCGGGAACCCCGUGGAAAGGGCGCCUCGUAAGAAGGUGUGCCUUCUGUGGAGGGCUUCGGAUCCGCGGGCCUCCGCGGCGAGGGCCAGCGGGGCUCCCGCUGUGAUCUGCGCCUCGGAGGAGAAGAGAGACUCACCGGCUAGGCCCCGGAGUGCUCAGAAAGUAGAAAAAAAUACGGACUGGACUGCACGGAAGACUUUUAAAAUUUGUGAUUUUUAUAAUGCAGUGUCUAGCCAGUUUCAGAAAUUGUAUCACUGAGCUGAAUUCAGAGGGAAUAUUGUGUUGUUUUUUUAAAUCAAAAUAGUCAAACUUGCCUUUCUCCAAACCACAAGAGACCUGUUGAAUUGAUUCUAAGUUUUCCUUUCGCUGAUGGAGCAAAACGGCAUGCAGAAGUCUGUGGGGCCCCAUAUUUAGAUGAUAAAUUAUACAAUUUAUGUUGGAAGCAAAAGGAUAAAUAGAGAUUUCAGUUCUUGCAUUAAUUCGUUGUCUAAGACUGGGAGAAUCUUAUCCACGGUUAAUCCGAAGGUAUUCCUCUGCCGUCCGUGCAAUUGAAAUCCGUAUAUGUGCAUCGAAACACAUGUGUACGUUCAGGCCUGUGUGUCUGGGACCCGGUGCUGCCACCAGCCCGCACCCGGGCAUCUGUAGCACUGCGGUGGUCGCUCAGUGAAAUGCCCACGCUCUGGAAAAUCCUUGUAAAACCCGGGCAUGUGGCUAUGUCUACCACGGUGGACGAAGGUCUGCUUCUCAGCUUUCAUUACAGAGGAGCACAUGCACACCUGUAUACACGAAAUACAUUAAAUACACACAAUCAAGAUAAAUGAGGUGUCUUCCUCACGUUUUCUUUUCGUAAAAUAAACACUGUCACGUCUGCUUAUUCAGCAACCACCAGACGAAACUGAUGGUUUUCUAAUAGACGUGUAUACAGUGAAAUUCCACCUGUCGGCUGCACGAAGGGAGGGGUAAAGGAAAGGGGUAAAGGAAAUCUUCAGAUCAGUAACUCAUGAUUAAAGGAACCACUGAUUUAAAAAAAAAAAAAAAGUCCAGGGUAGGUGUGUCAGGUGACUGGCUUGCUCGGCAGUGGAUAGGGCUGGGCAUUACUGACCGUGGAAAAUAAUUCAUACUAUUAAUUCCAGGCGGGGUCUGAUUGCUCGAAAUCCCUCCUGGGGCAACUCGGCGAGUUCUGUCAAACAUACUCCUCGCCGUCCUGGAAGUCCUUAACGGGUCUUUCUCCGUGCAGACGGUGCAGCAUGUGAGGCAGAGCACACGAGUGUGUGUCCUCGUACUGUCCCGCAAGCGCUCGGCAGCCGGCGGCCCCGCUAGGACCAAACCGCAGACCUUCUCCUCUCUGCCUCCCGCUUCUGUACGAGAAGCUAAAAGGGCGGCUCUGCUCUGGAAAUUAACCUAUUUAGAUCGCUUUCAGCACGACUUCCCUCGCUAUGGCUCUUCCCCGUGUGUUCAAAUAUCUGCCUUUCCGCCAUCGGGACAUGUUUUUCGGGGGAGACUCUCGUCCCUCCCGCACUCUCAGAAGGCAGAUUCCCCGGCCCGCGCACCGGAGCGGAGCUACCGACAAGCAACAUGGAUGUCUCUGCUUUCAAACUGACUCCCUUCCUCUCUAGCCUCCUCCCGACCCAAAGGAAGCCCGCAACAACUUGCUAACACACGUGCAACACAAAACCAGCGCUUCCACACGAGCUUUUGAACCCAGCCGCGGGGCAGCUGCUGCGACUGCGAGACGGAGCUGUUCGCCUGGGGAGCAGCGCAAAUUCCCGCGACCGCUCCAGGCAGAGCCGAGGGCCCCGCGGGGAGCUCGGCUGGAGAGGACCAGCUGCUCCCUGUAUUCUCCCGGCCUCAGGUACGCUGCGGCCCUGCCUCGGCUGCCCUGGGCACCCAGUCGCCCGCCGGCAGAGCAGCCCUACGUUUCCGCCGAUGGAGCGCCCUGGGUUGAUAACGCGCUCCGACAUGGACAGCCCGUGGCCCAGGGUCGGCCCUGCAUUCGGCACCCACGAGGGGCGUUUGGAGAUACCGUGGGUCGCUGGGGGAGGGUGCGGAGAGCCUGGUGCCGGCGCUAUAAAUCCCUCUGCAAUUGAGUUCUGCACCUUUGAUUUGAAAAAUCGGAUUCCUUGAGUGGAAACAGUUGACAGGAACCUAAAAGGAUUAGCUGCAUUCCACACAGGAUCAUUUUUACUGGUAACAUUUUGAAACGAUUGAUCCCUUCCAGACCAUAAACAAUGUCCAGAAAAAUGAUCUAACGAGACUUCCAUUGUUUCCUUUUGUCUGCGAAUCCCCUUUCGCUAGCAGUUUGAUUAGGGACUUUGACAGGCUGGGUCUUAAUUCUUCGCUCCCCCUGCCGCCUUUCCCCUAGCAAAGUAUUGAAUUUGAAAUCGCUCAUAAUUUGGUCAGUAAUCCAAAUGGACCAGAGAGCGAACAAGUGUGGGGAAGGCAGGUAGUGAGGACCGAGCAAGGAGAGCGGGCGGGGAGGCGAGUGGCAGCUCAGCUGCCGCAGGGUGCCGAAAUGAAAGACGGGGACCUUUCCUUCCGACCUGCUUCUUCUGCGGGCUUUUGUGUCGACUUGGAGAAAGAGAGAGAAGGGGAAGCCCACCGGUGGACGCGGUCUCCCGGGCCAUGGUGGUUAGAGAACCCACACUCAGCCCGCAGCCUCACCCCAUGGCUCGGAAGGACUCGCGAUCCGCCGGCCUCGCCUUGCCUUCCCCCUCCUCAAGUCCUGUCUGAGGGCGGGAGAUUUACCAGGCUGAUAUUAGUGAGGGAGGGGGCGAGGAGGCCCUGCCCUGCCGUGCUGGCCGACGGACUUUUCCUCUGUUUUGACACCUGCGCGCACUGUCUCAUGCACCUCUCCCUGAUUUAUCGCUCAAUUAAAGGUUCAAGCCUCCUUCAAACCA